AAUCCUUCACACUGUUUCCACCAAAGCGACCCCUUUUCCUCAAACGGGACGUACAGGCCCUGCGUGCCUCCAGCAGAGUGACAGAAACAACGGAAAACAACAGAUAAGACAUCCGCACCGGAAAAGGGCGAUGGGGAAAAAAAAAAGUUUAAUUCUGAAAGGUGAGCUGACUCAAGCGUUUCUACCGUUGCGGCAAUUAAGUGCCGUUUCCUCUGAGAGAAGUGACCUGUGUGAGUCAGCGGGUGACUGGAGCGCUGGGCAGGCCACGCUGCGCUCCGCGGCUCCGGGAAGGGGCGGUGCUAAAACAGGCGAAGUUUUCUUGCGAAGCUAAUUUCAGAGGUUUUUUCACAUCUGGAAGCAGGAGAGCGGACCGGCGGGGACAUGUGCGGGAUUGUCCUGUCUUCAUUCAUCUGCAUUUCCUCGUGGGCGUUGCUUGUCAAUGCGUUAUCCUCGCUUCCUGACGUGGAGAAGUACGAGGUUAUAUCGCCUCGCAGGCUGAAUAAUGCCCGAGAAAAAAGGAGUCUUUCUACAGACAAGAGGCUGUAUUCUGAAGAGCUGCGGUAUGCUUUGACCAUAGAAGGCAGGAACUACACUCUUCAUCUUGAAAAAAACAGAAAUCUAUUGGGUAAAGACUAUACGGAAACGCAUUAUUUAAAAAAUGGUACAGAGGUGACUAGCACACCAAACCUAAAGGAUCACUGCUAUUAUCAGGGACACAUCCAGGGGAUGAAUGAUUCGUCAGCCAGUGUUGAAGUGUGUUCUGGAAUCAGGGGACUGGUGAGGGCCGGGCAGAAGCUCUUCCUGAUCGAGCCCCUGGGUGGCUCUGCGGACGGAGAGCACGCCCUCUACAGGCAGGAGCACCUGCGCAGGAAGAGAUCCGCCUGCCGAGAGGCCAAUAGAACCGUCUUUGACAAAGACCCCAAGCCCGCGGGUUUCAUCAGGAUUCAGAGCUGGAGAAGUGCUCCAGUUGUAAAAGGCCCAAAAUAUGUGGAGUUGUUCUUGGUUGUGGAUAACACAGAGUACAAACAACAUAAUAAAGAUAUGAGUCAGAUUCGUCGUCGAAUGAUGGACGUCACUAAUCAUAUAGAUAAGCUGUAUCGCACCAUUAACAUCCGUGUCAUGCUGGUGGGGCUGGAGGUCUGGACUGACUGGGACAAGAUCGAUGUCAGUACCGAUCCAGAUAAAACCCUGACCAGGUUCCUUGAAUGGCGCAAGAACGUGCUGCUGAAGAAGAAGAGGCACGACAAUGCCCACUUUGUCACGGGUAUCAGCUUUGUUGGCUCCACAGUCGGCCUAGCAAAUAAGUUUGCGAUGUGCACCAUCAAUUCUGCUGGUGUUAACGAGGACCACAACCCCAAUUCCAUAGGCCUGGCGUCAACCAUUGCUCACGAGAUGGGGCACAACCUGGGCAUGUCACACGACACGGAGAGCUGCUACUGUGAGAAGUCUCUGUCCCCCAAGGGAUGCGUUAUGGCACCAAGCGUGGGGGACGUCUUCCCCCAGAGCUUCAGCAGCUGCAGCCAGCAGGAGCUGGAGUCGUUCCUGAACCAGAUCAGCUCCGCCUGUCUGAACAACGUCCCCAGUGCGGGUGACCUGUUUGGGGGCCCUGAGUGUGGAAACAUGUUUUUGGAGCCAGGGGAGGAGUGUGACUGCGGGACAGUUGAAGAGUGCAGGAACCCGUGCUGCAAUGCCACCACGUGCCGCCUGACAGAAGGAGCGCAGUGUGCCCAGGGGGAGUGCUGCCAGGCCUGCAAGCUGAAACCAGCGGGAGUUGUGUGCAGGAAGAGCGCGGGGGACUGUGACCUGGACGACUUCUGCAGCGGUCUCUCUGCAGAGUGUCCCAAGGACGACUUCAAGAUGAAUGGGCUCCCCUGUGAAAAUAACCAGGGCUACUGCUUCAAUGGGCAGUGCCCCACCCACCUGCAGCACUGCCAGAUUCUCUGGGGGCCAGGUGCCCAAGUUGCUCCAGAUCUUUGCUUUAAGAAUAACCAACAGGGAAAUCUACAUCUGUUCUGCAAAAAGACCAGAUAUGGUCCUCAGCCCUGUGCACAGGAGGAUGUUAAAUGCGGAAAGAUCCAUUGCACUGGGGGCAGUGACCUCCCUGUCACACAAAGUAAAUACGUCCUCACCAUGUCCUGGCCCCAGCUGUUGAAGUGCAAUGUCGCUGAGGUAACCGACACAGAAGCGGAGGAUAUUGGUCUUGUUCCAACUGGAACUAAGUGCGGCGACAACAAGGUUUGCUAUGGUAACGCCUGUAAGGACAUUGCAGUUUACGGCACGAAGGGCUGUUCGGAGAAGUGCAAUAACCAUGGGGUGUGCAACCAUGAGAGGAAAUGCCACUGUGACCCCGGCUGGGCACCGCCCUACUGCGACGUGAAGCUGUCCGAACUCCCCCAAGGUGGCAGUGCGGUGGUGAUCGCAGUCUCUGUGGUGGUCACCAUCUUGGUGCUGCUGCCCCUCAUCGUUGGAGGCCUGAUAUGCUGCAGACGGGGCAGGAAGGAAGUCUACUCCAGUAAAAAGAGGGCCCACAGUGCCUCUGGCCUGUCGAACCCCCUGUUCCACGGGGUCAGCACCAAGAGCAGCCCUCGGUGCGCCCCCCCCAGGAUCAGCACCCCCACCUUCCUGGAGUCAUCGGCCUCUCCCCUGCCCUGCGCCCCGCUGCGUUCCACAGUCACCCCCAGCCGCGCGCCACCUCAGCCUCCCCCAAAAAUAGCAGCGACUCAGUCUGCGGCAAAAUCAUCCCCAAUCGUAAAACCCAGCCAGCCACCUCCUCUUCCACCUCCUGAAACAGUGUGUUUUCAGGCCAAACCUCCUGCACCCAAGAAGCCUUUGCCUGAUCUAAGCGUCAAACAGGUGGCGAAGCCAAACUCGGCUCCACCAGUGCCUCCUGUGAAACCUCCAGGCUCUGCCCCUCACCGGAAACAGCCUCAGGUGGCAGGGAAACCAAAGACUGCACUGAUGCCCCCCGUCAAGCCGAGAUGAUGAGCAAACAGAAGACCCACGGGGACUUGCAUCUGAACCUGCGCUGCUGGGAAGGGGAGCUUGGCGCUACUGUAACGAGACAGUGAUUUUGAAGAAGACGGCGAUGCUUUUUUGUGUUUGUACAUGCUCUGGAGAAAAAAUGACAGGAUAUCUUGGAAAGACUAUGAAUACAGUAUAUGUGUGCUAGUUUGUGCACAGCAUGAAGGGAAUUUUCCCAGAUUAUUUGGUUUUUCUAGCGGGUAAAAUUGGAAGUUACUCCUGCCUCUCGUUUCAGUUAUGUGACUGGCAUGAGGUCACAGUCCUUCCUUUUGUACAAGAGUCUUGCUUUGCUUGGCAGUUCCUUCUGAGUGCUUCAGAUUAAAACCUAUUGUUGACUCAGCCUGCAGCUGCAAGCCAUGUGAAUCGAAGGGACAUAAGCGAACUUGCGAGUUUAGAGAACUAUGUUUAUUUUGCAUCUGAAUGUGGUCUACCUUACAUUAGCAUAGCUUGAAGACAAGAAGCCCAAAUGGAGUACAGAUUCCGAGGAACCCAUGACACAGCAGCACCAUCUUUCACACAGGGGAACGUUGGCGAGAGAUCAGAUUCACUCUGGGUUGUGAGCAAAACAGAAAUGUUAGCUUUCGAAUUAUUUUUUAUUUCCCAUGUCUGGAUGUCAAGAAAAUUGAAAACCUUGUAUUCAGCUGGACUGAAUCGAUGUCUUUAUUCAGACUAGAAAGUUGAAUAUUGCAUUGUUAAAUUAUUUUUUAUUCUGAUUUUAUGAGUAUUUCACACGGUGCCUUACAAGUAAUUCAAUGUGAUGGAAAUGAACUUGACGAACAGUUUGCUGUGACCCUUGUAUUUAUUGUUAUUUAUGUGCUACAAGUAAUAAACAAAUAAUAAAAAA